AUGUCGUCCUUGGGAGGUGCUAGAAUGGUGGCCCCUGAUGAUGAGGGAGUGGAAAUGAUGGUCAUGAGGAAGACGAUGGCUAAUAUUUCAGGUUGUUCUACAAGGGAUGGUCAAACCCCCACUGUCACGUCCUCCCCUGCGCCAAGAGUCGGCCCUGGGUCUAACACGCUCAGGAAACGAGCUUCCUGUCAAGUCCUAGUCCCAGCUUCCUUCACAGUUUUGAUCAUCAUCAUCGUUACUCUAGCAGCACUUUUAGCAGUGGAAAAAUCCAAACCACCUGUGGGUGCUGCUGGGCCCGGCUGCCCGGACGGCUGGAUCGGAUACCGAGGGAAAUGCUAUUAUUUCUCAGAGACUGAAGGGAACUGGAACCACAGCCAGAGCCAGUGCUCUGCACUCAGCGCCUCCCUGGCUGGGAUCGACAGUGAGCAGGAAAAGGAUUUCCUGCUGCGCUAUAAGAGCUUCCUCAACCGUUGGGUCGGCCUCCAGAGGGAGCCAGGCCAGGCCUGGAUGUGGCCCAACGGCACCGAAUUCGACAACCGGUUUCCGAUAAGAGGAGGCGGUGACUGUGCUUUUCUGAUGGAUGACGGCUGGUUCGGCAGCUCGCGGUGCAGCACAGGGAGACACUGGAUCUGCAGCAAACCCGACACCUGUACGAUGGGGACGGGACGUGCUGUGGAGUCAAAACUUGGAGACUCUUAGGAACGAGGCCUGGAAAAGCUUUAUUGGGGACACACCUUCCACUACCUGUAGAUGAAGGAGGUCGGGUCUGUAUUCUUUACAGACUCUCCCCAGGGCUUCCCUUGGGGAAACAGAUCUCCAGAGUUAGAUUCCUGGGGGCUAGAUGAUAUUUUCCCUUUGCUCAGUUUAAUGCCAUUAGUUUGAGUUCUCUGCUCCCACCUGGGUUCUGCUUAACCAGCCUCUUCCCUCCUUGGGGUUCUCCCCUCUCAGAUCGUGGCCCAGCACAGAGGUUCCCAAACGGGUACAGGAGCUCAUUGGAAGGGACACACAGUAACAAGCUGACCCCUUUAAAUGAAGCUGGUCCAGUGCCCUUGUGCUAGAACAGGUGAUCCACGUUUGGCCGGUUAAGGGGUCAGGGCAGCGCUUGGAGCUAUAGACUGGUCAGGGAGGAGGAAGUCCUUGAAGGAAGUUACAGGAUGUUGCUAGGGGAAGGCUGAAGACAGGGAAGUGGCAGAUGGAUUUACCCACUGCUGUCCCCAUGCUGGAGCCAGAGAGAGCUGAGGGCCAGGGGAACAAUGGUAGGGUAGAUCUGCUAGAGAUGAAAGGUAACAGAACAGGGCGAGUGCUGGAUAUUUCCCUGGUGACGAUGAACUCCCAGGGGAGAGGCUGUGGGGGCUGCUGCUAGGAAGAGUGGGUUUGCGCUCCAGCUGGAACACCUUGGCUGGGUGACAUGGCAGAAGGACAGGAGAGGACCAAAGAAGAGUCCAGAUGUGGUGGAAGACACUGGUGUGUGCUCCAUUGAUGGACCAGAUGUCAAGGGAUUUUAAGGACUAUAUGCGCUGGGGGUGAUAAAUGGACUAUGUUUUGGAACCUUGCCGUGGACUAUUUGCGCCAGGUUUUAGUAAUAAACUGAGCCUAGGGAUGGGUCCCAGCUGGGGGGAUAUGCUGUGACUUUAAAAAAAAAAAUCUGAAAAGAUCAAAUUUUGAUUAUUUAAAUAAAAA